AUGUCAAGUGGUGGUGAAGAAAAGGCUCUGUACAUUGAUGCAGAGGGUACGUUCAGACCACAAAGGCUCCUGCAGAUAGCUGACAGGUUUGGGCUGAACGGUGCUGAUGUGCUGGAGAAUGUGGCUUAUGCCAGAGCUUAUAACACAGAUCAUCAAUCCAGACUUCUGCUGGAGGCAGCUUCCAUGAUGAUAGAGACAAGGUUUGCUCUAAUGGUUGUUGACAGUGCCACAGCUCUGUACAGAACUGAUUUCUCAGGAAGAGGAGAGCUAUCAGCUAGGCAAAUGCACAUGGCUAAGUUCCUGAGAAGCCUUCAGAAGUUAGCAGAUGAGUUUGGAGUUGCUGUGGUUAUCACCAAUCAAGUAGUAGCACAAGUGGAUGGCUCUGCUAUGUUUGCCGGACCACAGAUCAAGCCCAUUGGUGGUAACAUCAUGGCUCAUGCUUCCACAACAAGGCUUGCUCUUCGCAAGGGAAGAGGGGAGGAGCGGAUUUGUAAAGUAAUAAGCUCUCCCUGCCUGGCUGAAGCAGAAGCGAGGUUUCAGAUAGCUUCUGAAGGCGUCGCAGAUGUCAAGGAUUGA